AUGAACAAAAGUGUUACAACUAGUAAGUCGUUUUCUGUUGUUGCCUCCAACCGGACGCUUACAGGAUAUAGGAAGAUGGAAACUAUAACGCAUCAUCCACUUUUAAUUGUGACGCCAGAAGAAAUGAAGAAAGUUCGACAGUUCUUCAAUUUAGACGAUGUGUACAGAAUACGAGAGAGCUUGGAGGCGAUUGAAGAGUGGUGCAAGAAACAAGAUCAUCUGGUCACAGCUUUCCAAUACUUAAAUCGAAGCAUGUUAGAACGUUUGCUCCUUUUAUCAAGGGGCUCCACUGAAGGCACUAAAACUAAAAUUGAUAAGUUAUUUACAAUGAGAGCGAUGAUGCCAGAGAUAUGUUUAAAUAAAACGAUUGAAGAAUUUGAGCAUUUUUCCGAUUGUAUCCUAUAUGUACCAUUACCUAAUCUGUGUCCAAGUGAUCAGUCGAGGGUCACGGUAACGCAACCUCUGGCCGGAAAAUUGGAUGAAUUUAAUGUACUGUCUUAUAUAAGAUAUUGCUUUCUGAUUGGAGAGUACAGAUUGUCUUACGAUUACUGUAUAUCAGAAAGAUUUAUAUUGGACCUACAAAAUAUUAAUAUGAAUUUUCUCACUAAGCUCAAUCCAAUUAUAUUAAAAAAGGGAGAAAUUAUAUGUACAGAAGCUUAUGGUACUAAAAUUAAAGGAAUCCAUAUCAUAAAUGCGCCAUCAUUUGUAGACAAAUUUGUUUUUGUACUUAAACAAGGGCUCAAGGAAAAGGUUGCGAGUAGACUAUACGUACACAACUCUUAUGAAGAUCUACAUAAAGAGAUUCCCAAACAAAUUCUACCUAAGGAGUAUGGUGGCGAUGGGCCAAGCUGUGAGAAAUUAGCUGAUCAAUGGAAAGAUUGUCUCAAAUCAAAAGAAGCUAGAAGAGUUAUAGACGAGUGCAAUAAACUUGUAGCAGAUGAGUCAAAGCGGAGUGAAAUGAAGUUUAACGAAGAGUAUUUAGGAAUGCCCGGUUCAUUUAGAAAACUGACUGUAGAU